AUGGACGGGUCCGGAAUAAGCCCGAGCGGUCUCACGGGGCCGGAACCGUCUUGGCAGGGCGCGGAUCUGCCGUCGGACCUUGGAGGCGCCCUUUUCAAGAACGGCACCCUUAAGACCGGAGACUUGUCCCUGCCGUCGGGGGCCAUUAAAGACCCGACAGCUAUAGACCUGGCAGCUACGGACCUUACGGUCGCUGCCGACCUGAUGAAAGAUCCCACAAAAGAUCCGACGCCGAGAGACCCGACGCCCCGAGAGGCCAGGCGGGCGAAGGGAGGCCGAUACCCGUACGUGUUGGAUAGUCGGGGGCAGGUGAAUACGAGUGGGGAGAAGUUGCUGAUCCUUUGCCGGCACGCUCAGAGUGCAUUGAAUGCAGCGCGGAAGGGCUACUUGGUGCAGCCGUGGACAAUCGUGACGCAGGGGUUGAGUCAAGUGAUUGACCCGGGCGUGAUGGAUGCACCCUUGACGGAGCAGGGCCAAGAACAAGCCAUGGGUGCGGGUACAGUCCUGGGUCAAGACGUGCUCUCAGGGCGGUUGCCGCCUGUAGAUAUAAUCGGCGUUUCACCCUUGCGUCGCACGUUGCAUACGACCAAACUCAUCGUCGAGAAGGCCGACCAAGUUACCGGCACCUGGUGGAAGUCCACUGAUCAACUGCUCGACGAAGCCAAGAGACGCAAACAGCGCUGCCGCCGCCGCUCCAUGGUUGUUCCCCAUGACCCCUUUGAUGAUGAGGAGGAUGAGGAGGAUGAGGAGGCGGAGAGACUCACGGAAGAACUCUCCUACAACACCCGUCGAAACGCUUCUGCCAGCAGACCCAAUGUGAGUUGGGACUCCGGCGCCCAAUCCCGAGGCACCUCAGCCACAGUCUCCAUCGGGUCGCACGCUCGUGGGGCCAUCGGCUCGGACCGGGACUUGGCUCCCCCGGACAUGCAGUCUACGGAUGUGGCGCCGACGCCGGGAUCGUCCAAGGCCGCUGGCGCCAAAGCAACGACCAUGUCGCCCAAGGAUGUGGCGACUCCGGGAUUCCGGAGUGACGACGAUGGCUCAGCCGAAGACCUGGAGCCACGAAUGCCUCUGCGAUUCGCCUCGCCCCUCGGAAAGACCGACUCGACGCCGCCGACCGCCGCCGAUGCGACCACAGCGGAUACGUCUGUUACGGACACGGAUGGCACAGGCUUGACGGACUCGGAAUCACCAGCACCGGAAGAAGUUCUGCUCACGGGCAAGAGGAUCCUCACCAUCAUUCCCUACUUGAGGGAAAGGAGAACUACCUCCGCCGACCAGCCACUCGUCCGGCCGUCCCAAGCGCUGGAAUUUUGGAAAGACCGAAAUGUGGAAGCCAGCGUCGCAGACAGCACCGGCUCCGGCUCGCGCUACCUCCGACCCGGUACGAGACAGACCAUCAACCACUACCUCACCGUGGGCUUGACCAAACAGUGCAGGAAGGUUGAAAUCGAAAGCGUAGAAAGCGUCAACAAGCGUGUUGGGUUGUUGGAGACAUGGAUUGGUGCGUGUCCGCACAGCGUCAUUUUGGUCGUAGGUCACAACAUGAUAUUCCGUGCGUGGCAGCAGCAUUGGCGUCAGAACGAUUCACCAGUGCAGUGGGCAUCUCGGGAAGAUAUCCUGAGUCGGUUGGAGCGUUCAAAGGGGACUAUAUCGAUCCGGCAUUUUUACGAGUCAUGUGUAAGGUCUGAUUUCUCGUCGCCGACAGCACGCGAAGAGGCUGCGGAUCUCGACGAGGAAGAUAUCCCCGCCGGUUCAUUGGCCACCAGUAUGGCGCUGUACGGCGUAAAUAAACAGAAGCGAAUAUAUGAGUGUGGCAACGCUGAAUUCAUCAUAGUGCGCUGGCGGAGACAGAUCGAUCCUGAUCUGGAUAUACCUAAGGGCAAACGAAGACACAAACUAAGGAGACGGCGUAACGCAGAGAGGCGGGCGUCUCUGCCGCUAGACGACUUAGCCUACCGGUAA